GUUGCUGAAGUGCUGCUGAAAGGGCCAGAGAUGCAAGGAUUUGGGAUAUAUUUUGAACUUUUAAGCUGUCUGACAUUGACCUCCUUUUAUUAUUAAUAAAGAAGAAGCAGGAGCUUAGGAUGUAUUAACACCAAUUCAUUAAUGUACUAACCGGACAAUGUUCUGCAAACAAUUCUACACUGUAAAGAACUGGAUUGGCACAAAAUAAGAUACUUUUAUGUUUUACUCAGCUUAUAAUAUGACUCGAUGGAGGAAAAUUUAAUAAGCAUGAGGGAAGACCAUUCUUUUCAUGUUCGUUACAGGAUGGAAGCUUCUUGCCUGGAGCUGGCCUUGGAAGGGGAGCGACUGUGUAAAUCAGGAGACUGCCGUGCUGGAGUGUCAUUCUUUGAAGCAGCAGUGCAAGUUGGAACCGAAGACCUAAAAACACUUAGCGCUAUUUACAGCCAGUUGGGCAAUGCUUAUUUCUAUUUACAUGACUAUGCCAAAGCAUUAGAAUACCACCAUCAUGAUUUAACUCUUGCAAGGACUAUUGGAGACCAGCUGGGAGAGGCCAAAGCUAGCGGUAAUCUGGGAAACACCUUAAAAGUUCUUGGGAAUUUUGAUGAAGCCAUAGUUUGUUGUCAGCGACACCUAGAUAUUUCUAGACAGCUCAAUGACAAGGUGGGAGAAGCAAGAGCACUUUACAAUCUUGGAAAUGUGUAUCAUGCCAAAGGGAAAAGUUUUGGCUGCCCUGGGCCCCAGGAUGUUGGGGAAUUUCCAGAAGAAGUGAGAAAUGCUCUGCAGGCUGCAGUGGAUUUUUAUGAGGAAAAUCUAUCAUUAGUAACAGCUUUGGGAGACCGAGCGGCCCAAGGACGAGCCUUUGGAAAUCUUGGUAACACACAUUACCUUCUUGGCAGCUUCAGAGAGGCGGUUAUAGCUCAUGAGCAGCGUCUCCUUAUUGCAAAAGAAUUUGGCGAUAAAGCGGCUGAAAGAAGAGCAUACAGCAACCUUGGAAAUGCAUAUGUAUUUCUUGGUGAAUUUGAGACUGCUUCUGAAUACUACAAGAAGACACUUCUGCUGGCACGACAGCUUAAAGACAGAGCUGUGGAAGCUCAGUCUUGCUACAGUCUUGGGAACACGUACACUUUACUCCAAGACUAUGAGAAGGCCAUCGAUUAUCACCUGAAGCACCUAGCAAUUGCUCAGGAAUUAAAGGACAGAAUUGGUGAAGGAAGAGCCUGUUGGAGCUUAGGAAAUGCAUACACAGCUCUAGGAAAUCAUGACCAAGCAAUGCAUUUUGCUGAAAAGCACUUGGAAAUUUCAAGAGAGGUUGGGGAUAAAAGUGGUGAACUGGCAGCACGGUUGAAUCUCUCAGAUCUUCAAAUGGUUCUUGGUUUGAGCUACAGCACAAAUAAUUCCAUAAUGUCUGAAAAUAUUGAAAUUGAUAACAGUAUACAUGGUACACGCUCCAAGUUGGGACGUCGACACAGUAUGGAAAAUAUGGAACUUAUGAAGUUAACGCCAGAAAAGGUACAAAACUGGAACAGUGAAAUUCUUGCUAAACAAAAGCCUGUCAUUGCCAAACCUUCUGCAAAGCUACUCUUUGUGAACAGACUAAAGGGGAAAAAAUACAAAACCAAUUCCUUCACUAAGGUUCUGCAGGAUGCCAGUAAUUCCACUGACCAUCGAGUUCUGAGUGCUCAGAGGAAAAACAGCGCAGAAACCGCGGGCGAUGAGGGCUUCUUCGACCUGCUGAGCCGAUUCCAAAGCAGCAGGAUGGACGAUCAGCGGUGCUGCUUCCAGGAGCAGCCCUGCCGUGCGGCCGCCCCCGCAGCUCCGGCCACUCCGCCGAGGGCCCCCCGCAAAGCACCACCAGUCCCUGUGGUGUCCCCCAACACGGAAGAAUUCUUAGACCUUCUCGCCAGCUCGCAGAGCCGCCGUCUGGACGACCAGAGAGCCAGUGUCAGUAACUUGCCAGGGCUGCGCUGGACAAACAACAACAGGCAGUCAGUACUUGGCCACCUGAGGGCGAAGGACAGCAAAGAGCCAGAUGAGGACUUCUUCGAUGUCCUUGUCAGGUGUCAGGGGUCCAGAUUAGAUGACCAAAGAUGUGCUCCUCCGCCUGCUGCCACGAAGGGUCCAACAGUACCAGACGAAGACUUUUUUAGCCUAAUACUGCGGUCUCAGGCCAAAAGAAUGGAUGAACAGAGAGUUCUUUUACAAAGAGAUCCAAACAGAGACACUGACUUUGGGCUAAAGGACCUUUUGCAAAGUAAUGCUUUGUUGGAAUUUAAAAAUUCAGGAAAAUAAUCACCAAACCACUAGGUACUAUGGCUAUUUUAAAACUUCAUUACCUUUCAGAGUACUGCAGGGAAAUUUGAUCUUUUCCUAGAAAGGACGUAUACAGCUUGAAAUGACAUCCGAACGAGGAAAGUGUGUGAGCUGCCGCAGGCGUAGCAGGGAGGCGCCUGCGUGCUCUCGCUUGCUGCAGCGGUGGGCGUGCGAGGUGCAGCUGUCCCGCAGCGACUGCCUGGGACUGUGUUCUUUUGCAACUGUACAGUGUUUGUAAGAGCAGGAAUUUAAAUGGAUCCUAGACUAGAAUUUAAGCCUCUUGCUGAGGUAAUUUUUAAAACUUUCCAAUGACAAUGGCAUUUUUAAUACCUAAUCUUGGAUUUAGUGGGAAAUAACACUUAAGUAAAAAUAUUGUACUUGACCAAUGUAAAAAAUACAGUCUUACUAAAAAAAAAAAAAAAAAAAAAGAUUCUUUUUCCUCUAAGAAAAUCUGUUUUCAGUGUAUUUUUAGCCAGGGCCAGUAGAAAAGAAACUAUUAAGAAAUAAACUUCUUUUAGCAUGU